GAACACAACUCUGUGUUUGAAAUCAUGGCGCGUCUACGAGGUUUCACCCACUGCUAGAUUUGCUGUCACUUUAACUGCAGUAUAAAGUACAAUGGAGAGACCCAAAGCAGAUGAAAAGCUCAAUGCUCCUUGUGAUUUUGUGGCGUCAACCGCCACUAGGGCUGACCACAAGGAUUUGAUGACCCCAUCCCAUUUCACAGCAAGCUUUCAGUCUACCUCCAUCGCGGUGCCAGGUGCCACAAGAGCACCAGGGACAACACCGCUCACGUGGGUAACUCCUGCCCCAACAACACAAACAAUGGAUCCAUGGCUUGCCAUCAACCAGGCCAAACAGGAAAUCCUCGAAUUGCGCAAGGAAAACCAGAGGAUUAUGAUGCUACAGGGAGAUGAAUCAAAAAGGAGGCAUGCUACUGGUGGUUGUGCAGACUCCAGAACUAGGUCCGGGGAGAGGGGUGACACGUCGAGAUGGGAGACAGAGUGGAGACUGGACAUGGAGAGGCUGAGGGCGGAGUCAGAGCGACUCAGGGGGCAGGUGGAGGCUCUUAAAGAGGCUGCAGGGAGGCAAAGGGAAGAGAUGCGAGAUAAGGAAAGCUACCUCAACAGGCAGAGUGUUGAAAUGGAGGCAGCGCGUGAGGAGUUAUGUAAGACCAAGGCUGAGCUUGGCAUCAUUAGUGUGGAGCUCAAUCUGAAGAGGGAAGAAAAGGAUAGAGUCAGCGCUCAGCUGGGGAGAUUGGAGAGGGAGUCGGGGGAGGAGGUGGAGAGGCUGAACAGGGAGGUGGAGCGGAGCAGGUUGGAGGCUCAGAGGCUGACCGCAGAGGUCGAGGCCGCCCACCUAAAGGCCGGGGCGGAGGCCAGUGAGCACGCGUCCAAACUGAGACGGCAACUGGAGGAGUCACAGAGGAGACAGGAAACAGAGUUGCGGCAGUUGACUUCAACCCAUAGUACAGAGAUGGCUUUGGUGACACAAUCCAACUCUGAACUGCAGGCCAGACUGUGUGUCCUGACCCAGGAAGUGACUCAGCAGAAGAGCAGUCUACUGGAGGUGUCUGCAGAAAGAGAUGGGCUGAACGAGCAACUCAGCCAAAUGGGAAAGGAUUUUGAGACCCAGUCGGCUACACUGCAGAGUCUGAGAAAUUACAUCGGGGAACUUUCCCCUGAGAAAGGGGAGAAGGAUCAAUUGACAGAAACAAUUCAGAGGCUGCAAAGAGAGAAGGAGGCUCUGCAGGUGACGACAGAACUAUUGAACGUCAGACUCAACUCUGUGAACGACAUAUUAGCUCUGCAAGAGGACGAGAUGAUGGAGAAGGCCGGCUCAGAGACGCUACUUAAGGGCUCAUCUAAAGGAGGCAGGGUGCUACGUUGCUGGAGGGAGAAAGUCUUCACGUUGUUGGUCCAGCUCCGCGCAAAGGACUUGGAAACGAGAGGAGAAAGGGAGAAACUUCACUUAGCGAUGUCGUCCCUGGAGCGGCAGGUGAAGGAGGAGAAGUACCAGGCCGGCGUGUUCCAGCACGGCCUGCAGGACCGGGCUGCCGAGCUGCACCUGGAGAGGGCUGCCAGGCAGGUUGUUGAGCAGGACUUAGCCAGUACCCAGAAGGAGAACGCAGAGCUGAAGACUUGUUGUCAAGAGGCGGGAGCUGGACUGAGCACCAUGACAGAGGCAGUCCAGAGAUGCAGCCAGGUGUUCGAGGCCAAGAUCGCUGAGCUGGAGAGCGCCCAGUCACGCCUAAACAGUCACAGCCAGAGACUCACCUUUGCUAAGCGAAAGGUGGACACAAUCCAAGGGCUGAUGAUGAGGAAGGAGGCCCUACGGAGGAUCCAACAGCAGCCUCCCAAGCCGGCCGACGUCGUCCCCGAAGGGAGCCGUCUGGGAGACCUCAGGGCAGAGCUGGCCCUGGUGUGCGAGGAGAGAGACGAGCUGGCGCAGGAGCUGAAGAGGACCCCGGACCUCGUCCAGAACGCCCUCGCCGACCUCCGCGAGCGCCUCGAGGCCCAGGUGAGGCAGUUGAGCGGGGCCGUGGAGCAGGGCAGGCUGGAGGCCCAGGAGGCCGCGGCAGGGCGGGAGGAGGCCGAGAGGAGGCUGCUGGAGGCCCACGCACAGCUGGAGGAGGGCAGCCUCCGUCUGGAACAGCUCAGCGGCCAGCUGCUCAGCCAGCGCCACCAGAGAGAUCGAGAGCUGUCCGAUGCGGAGGAGCGCUGCGCCCGGCUGCAGAGGGAGACGGAGACCCAGCUCAACACGGCCAGGAGGGAGCACAGCAAAGCAGUUGUGGCUCUGCGCCAGGUGGAGAGACACGCGGAGAGAGAGCGGGAGCAGGAGAGAGGGGCCCGGCGACUUCAGGAGGAGCACAGCGACAGGGAAAUCAGCGAGCUGCAGAAACGACUGCAGGACAUGGACAAGGACAGAAACCUGCUUCUGGCUACAGUGCGUGAACGAGGUCUGCUGAGCGAGUAUAAACGAGCUCGCAGCCGAGCCCUCCGGACCUCCACCGUCCUGGGGGAGCCAGAGAGGCUCCCGGGGACAAUCCCUCCCUCCAGUCUGGGAGGCAAAGACAAGCCACCCCCCAAAGAGUCUCUGUUGACCAUGCUGGGGGACCUCCAGGCUCUUAGCUCCUCCCUGGCGGAGAGCUCCGAGGACUCGGCUGAGGAAGAGGGGCAGGGCGACGGCGGGAAGGCAGUCGGAGACGCCUGAUUGGGCUGCGGGCCCGAGCGGUCGGAGACGCCUGAUUGGGCUGCGGGCCCGAGCGGCCACAAGCUCGCGACGACCUGGAGA